CUUAUCAUCGCAUUCUCUUCACUGAGAAAGAGAUGAAUCUGAGGAUCCUUUGUGUUACCCUCAUCUCUGAAGCACGUGCUUUGGGGUUGUACAUGGAACGACCCGCUCUGUAUAGCUGACUGUAAUAUGCUAGGACCCGCCUGUCCCAUUUUCGACGCCAUCAUCUUCUUCUGCUAGAAGAACGCCUUUUCCUGCCUCGACAAGAAGAUGGAGACUUACGUUGUUGGUUUCACGAUCUUUGAUGCUCGCGGGCUCGUGACUCCCGAUGGGCAACCUUGUGAUCCUUUUAUUCUGGUCGAAUGUUGUGGGGAAGAGUACCAAACGGAAACGAAAAUCGGCAAGCAAUCUAUCGUAACGUUAAGGGUCGUAGCUUAAAGGUGCUUUUGUUACCUCCGUUUGUUAUGGCUCUCCAUCUCCUAAGGGGGACAACAGCCAUAACAAGCGCGAGAACCCACGAACACCAAAAAGCUACCUCUAAUAACGUACAAUGACAACUUCAUCUGGACCAAGAUUCAGCUUUAUCCUCAGCAAUUUCGUGCUGCGUCCAUCACCUUUUCCCUCUACGCGCGAAACUGGUUUACGCGGAACGACCUGAUUGGGCGCGCGAGCUUGCAGUUGGACAACGUACGGAAUCGGCGAUUCCACUUGUACGCAAAAAAAUGGCUCACGAUAACGAGGGACAACGAACCGGCGGCGACGGGAGCUAUUUUUAUGUUGAGGGCUUGUCAGUCGUUCUCCUUCUCGUUGUAAAAAGCAAAAGGAAAAGAGAUGAAUUUUUAUAGCACCAACAUAGCCGGCGCACCUGUGCUGGUAGCAGUAGCAGUUCAGAAGCAGAACAACAAGUUGUUAGCGUCUCCUUUUUAACAAAGUCUUUCCCAAAAAUUUUCAAAAAAAAGCUCCUUGUCUAAUUCCUCCGCCACUGUUUUCUGUCUCGCUCCUGGUGACAUCGCGCCCAGUGUGGACCAACAAGAGGGCAUUGAGGAUGCCGGCGAUGAGAACAAUGCUGGCGGUGAUGACUAUGAGGACUUAUCCAAAGCCGUUCUUGGUGGUAGCAUCGAUCAGAGUGGAGGCAAGCCACACCAUGUCUUCGUCACCAUUCACCGCGUCGAAGACUUAGCGCCAGGAAGCUGUCCCUUCGUGACCGCUGAAUUCGCAGGUAGUCUGGUAGAAACUACGGUUGCGAAGAAUGUCACCCAGCAUACGUACAACGAAAGACUGCUGUUGCCUGCGGUGA